GUGAAGGGAGGGAUCAGGAUGCAGGUAUAAAUCACACACUCACACUCUCUCUCACACCACAACCACGACGCUGAGACGAGGAGUCGACCGCACGCCUGCAUCAGGACACAAGAUAAUUAUUCUGUGAAUCAGGAAACAUGGUGGACAAGGUUUUCAAGAAGACCAGUGGUAACGGUCAGCUCACUCUGUACCUGGGAAAGAGGGAUUACAUUGAUAAUGUGGACAGCGUGGAGUCUGUUGAGGGUGUGGUGAAGAUUGACCCCAAAGACCUGGGGGACAGGAAAGUGUGGGUCCAGCUGUGCUGUGCGUUUCGCUACGGUAACGAGGACCUGGACGUGAUCGGGCUGAUUUUCAGGAAGGACAUCUGGAUUAAUCACAUUCAGCUUUAUCCUGACGCUGGACACAAACCCCAGCUCACUGACAUGCACAACACACUGCUGAAGAAAGCUGGAGAGCAAGCGUACGCCUUCACCUUCAACAUCCCAGCUAAUCUUCCAUGUUCCAUCACACUGCAGCCCGGACCUGACGAUCAGGGGAAGAAGCCCUGCGGUGUGGACUUUGAGGUGAAAGCGUAUGUAGCUAAACAGGCCGAAGAUCCGAACGAGAAAAUCGAUAAAAAGGACACGUGCCGUCUGGUUAUCCGUAAGUCACAGUAUGCUCCGGUGAACACAGGAACCGGACAGAGAGCAGAACUCUGUAAGAGCUUCAUGCUGUCAGACAAACCGCUGAUGCUGGAGGCGUCUCUGGAGAAAGACAUUUAUUAUCACGGAGAAACAAUUCCUAUUAAAGUGAAGGUAAAGAACGACACCAGCAAAGUGGUGAACAAAGUCAGAAUCACUGUCGAGCAAACGACAGACGUGAUUCUUUACUCUGCUGAUAAAUACACUAAAUGUGUUCUGAAUGAAGAGUUCGCGGAGACGGUGGAGGCGAACUCAACGUUUGAGAAAGUUUUCCGCAUCACACCGCUGCUGGCUCAGAACAGAGAGAAGCGAGGACUCUCUGUGGACGGAAAACUAAAAUAUGAGGACACAAACCUGGCGUCCACCACCCUUGUGAGGCCGGGGAUGGACAAAGAGAUUUUGGGAAUCUUGGUGUGUUAUAAAAUCACGGUUCAUCUGCUGGUGUCUGGAGGAGGGCUGUUGGGAGGUCUGACUGGCAGUGAUGUGGCAGUGGAUUUGCCGCUGACUCUGAUGCACCCCAAACCCACAGCAUGAGUGAAGUGCUCAGGAGUGAACACAGACCCCUCGUGUUGUUUCCUCACACAACAACAUGGAGAAAACAUGAAGCUCUGUCGCCUAGGAAGUACCAAAGUACCGAAGUACCGAAGUACCAAAGUACCGAAGUACCAUAGGAGCAGAGUACUGUAGACAUGAUUCAGUGACUCAGUUCUGUAACUUAGUGUUUAACAGGAAUGUGGAGGUUUUAGUACCACUUUCUCCUGUAACGCAUCUUAAUGUGCUUUUGUCUUUGUAGAAGUUUGAAAGUGAAAUGUGACUGUAAUUGUGUAAUUGUAGUAAAAAUCCUUGUGUGAUUUCUCAUUUAGCUUAAAUAAAGGUGAUGAGUGAAACACCAGUACCAAAUAAAAACAUAUAAAACCCAAAA